AUGGAUGACUGCAAGCCCGUAAGAACCCCGUUGGCGACCAGGAUCAAACUGGAUGUUGCAGCUGCAAGUACAUCAGAUAGGACUCAACGCUCCGAGCAGUUCCCUGAACGGAUACUCAUGUACAUCGCCAUUGGCACUCGCCCUGAUAUAUGCCAUGCGGUCAACAAGCUAAGCCAAUACAACAACAGCCAUAAUCUUGUUCACUGGCAGGCAGCAAAACGAAUCCUUAGUUUCUUGCCAAUUGUUCCCUUGAGGUAUCUAACCUACAUCAAGGAUAAAGAGGGAAUAUUCGGUUUUGCAGAUGCUGACUGGGGAAAUUCUGAUGCACAAGAUGAAGUUGUAACCAGUAUACGACUUCCUGUCAGCAAGUCAGCAAUCUCAUGGUGUUCGCACAAGCAGAGGAUAGUCGCUCUCUCAUCAAGUGAGGCUGAGCAUAUGAGUACCUCUAAAGCAGCAAAGGAGGCAGUUCACCUAUCAACCUUCGUGAAGGAGUUGGCUUUAGCGGAGCUGCCACGCAUUGGAUUAUUUGCCAAUUUUCCAGCUGACUGGUUGUCAUUGAACAGUACAGUUUCCCACUCAAAGACGAAACACAUUCACAUAAAGUACGACUUCAUUCGCCAGGCUCUGUAA